AUGUCAGUUCAUUUUAAGCUAAAAAGUGAAAUAGAUUACGAUACCGUUGCAUGUGAAGGUGGUUUUAUAUCAGUAGCAGAUUUAAAGAAAUUCAUUCAAAAGAAGAGAUUGGGUAAAUCAACUGACUUUGACCUUUUACUUACAAAUUCUCAAACAAAUGAAGAAUAUAAAGAUGAAUCAUUUAUGAUACCAAAAAAUACAUCAGUUAUAGUAAGUAGGGUACCAAUUGUGGGUAAUAGAUCUUAUAUGCAUACACAAGCAAUAUCAUCAAAUCCAACAUCAACAUCGAAUGUACCAGCACCAUUAAUCAUAUCGAAUAGCGAAGCCACUGAAGGUGUGGAUCAAGAAGAAUUAAAAAUCAAUGCGUUACUUCAAACAUCAGUGGCACAAACUGGUGCAAUGGGUGCUGGUUACAAUAAAUUUCAUCAUGGUCAUGGUGGUCAUCAUCAUGGCGGUCACCAUAAUGGAAAUAAUCAUUACAAUAAUGGGACUAAUACCACCACUGGUGCCAAUCCAUCAAAUGCUGCAAAUACAAAUCAAGCACUUAAUGGUAAUGGUGGUGCCCCAACUGGUAUUCCAAAUGGUACCAAUCCAUCAAUGGUGGGUGGUGUUGGUGCUGGUGGUAAACCAAUGUCAGAGAAAGCACCUCAUCCAUCAUAUAUUUGUCAUAGAUGUAAUCAAACCGGUCAUUUCAUUAAUCAAUGCCCAACAAAUGGUGAUCCAAAAUUCGAUAAACAUAAAAUGAAAAAACCAUCAGGUAUACCUGUAACAUUCUUAAAACCAUUACAACCAUCAACCACCCAAACUCCAAUGGGUCCAUCAACAGUUUUAAUGCCAGGUGGUGGUGUUGCUGUAGUAUUAACCAAUGAAUCCCAAUUCAAUAAAAUGGCAAAAUCAAUUAUUUCAAAUGAUGAAUCUAAAAAACAAAAAGAUCAAUCACCAACUAUUUCAAGUACUAAUACAACUGAAUCAUCUGAUGAUCCUUCAAGUAAAUUCAUUAUUAAUCAAUGUACUUUAUGUAAUAAAACUACAAAUGAAUCUGAACCAUUAUAUGGUAUUAAAGCUAAUUGUUGUUCAAAAAAUAUUUGUUUUGAUUGUAUUCAUAAUUCAAUUGUAAAGAAUAAAACUAAAACAUGUCCAUUGUGUUUUUGUGAAUUUGAUGUUAAUCUUUUGGGUGAACCAGGUAUCUAUAAGAUUAAUGGAUUACCACAAAAUUUUUUAAAUAAAAAGAGAGAAAGUGAAAAUUUAAAUAGUAAUAAUGAAAAUACAAGUAAUAAAAGAUUUAAAACGGGUGUAAGUGGAGGUGGAGGUGGUGAAAACGAUGAAAAUACCACUAACCCCAAUAAUACAAAUAUUGACUCACACCAACAAUCACAUCAACAACCAUAUCAACAUAAACCAAAAUUUAAUAAUUACUACCAACAACAACAACACCCAACAAUGCAACAUCAACAACAACAACAACAACAACAACAACAACAACAACAACAACAACAACAACAACAACAACAACAACAACAACAACAACAACAACAACACCUUAAAUAUUAUAAUGGUAAUGUUGAUCCAAAUUAUCAUUAUAAUGGUGCAGCAGCCACUCAAUAUCCAUAUUAUGAUCCUUAUGCUCAACAAUAUUACGAACAACAGCAACAACAGCAACAACAAUACUACGGAAGAGGUGGUUACACUAAAGAAUAUAAUAACGAAAAUAAAGAUAGAAAAUAUGAAAGUAAUACAAAAUCUGAUUAUAAAGAUGGAAGUAGAGAUAGAGAUAGAGACAGAGAUAGAGAUAGAGAAAAGGACAGGGACAGAGAAAGGGAAAGAGAAAGAGAUAGAGAUAGAGAUUAUAAAGACAGCAGAGAUAGAGAUAGGGAUAGAGAUAGAGAUAGAGACAGUAAUAGAGAAAAAGAUAGAGAUAGAGAUUACAAAGAUAGGGAUAGAGAAAGGGAUAGGGAUAGAGAAAGAGAAAGGGAUAGAGAUAGAGACUACAAAGAUAGUAGUAGUAGAAGUGGUAGAGAUAGAGAAAAUGACCGUGAUUCAAGAGACGGUCGUGAUUCAAAAGAUAAUAGAGAUAGAGACUCCAAAGAUAAUAGAAGCAGAGAUUCCAAUAGAAGUAGCAGUGAUAGAGAUAGUGGUCGUAGUAGAGGUAGUAGUGAUAGAGACUAUAAGGAUAGUAAUGGUAAAGAAAGAGAUAGCUCUUACAGAUCUUCCUCCUCAUCAUCUUCUCAUGAUUCAAAAUAUAGAGAAAAUAAUAACAGCAGCGGCAGUAGUAGUACUAGUAGUAGUAGUGGUAGUGGUAGUGGUAGAAGCAGUAGAGAUAGAAGAUAA